UUGGUCUCAAGCGCGUUUCUGUGCCUGCGGGAGCUCAAACCCGGAAUUUGAAGAGAUCAGGUAGGCUAGUCUCCGAUCGUGGGUGGAACUGAGCAUCGGUUGACGAUAUCCCUCCUGAGGAACCAUUUCAACUCGAUAGCUGGUACAGCCCAAAGGAGUUAGAGGAGCAUUGCUAUCCAAUUCUUCAAGGACAUGUUUGGUAUUGAGCAUAUCAAAACCCUUGUUGGGGAAAUAAAUGUUUUCGACCGCCUGAUGUCGGAUUCGAGAGUGUGUGCACGACCGAACCAUACGAUAUCUGAAGGUCCUUCGGCUAUUCGGAGAGACCACCGAAAUACCUUAAAAGAAUCGCCCGCCAAAGAUUCUAAGGUGAUAUUCCUUCAGAUGAUGGAAGAGUGCAACUUUCGUUGGUGUUCAGCGUUAAAACAAGCAAUGCACAGGAUGCAUCCGAUAACGAAGACCCUUGGUCUUGAGUCACUUCAGGGCAUAAUCGACUCCUUUCUAGCGACAGACCCCCGGACACUAUGUGAGUUAGAACAAAGCUACAAUGCGAAUGAGAGCAUACGAUCACUGGUGCAAGAGGUGAAGACGUUGCAAAAGGUCCUAGAGACAACGGAGGAGGACGAAGAACGACGCGCCCUCGAGGAGGACAUUGUUGGAAGAGUGCGAACAGCAGUAGAAUGAAUUCUUAAUUCAUCUGGUGAUAUCGCAGAUUUUGCUGGUUUGUUGGUGCGAGAUCUCCUCAGCAUU